CCGGGACACACGGGGGCAGCAGUGCGACGCGUUUCGCUUUCGGUUUCCUCUGCACGCUUUGAAAAAACAUGGCCGCCUCCUUAACGAUUCGGAAAGAAUUUUGCUCCUUGGCAAGGAUACUGAGUGGAAUACCUUAUUCGGCACCUCGGGUUUUGGGCCACUGUGCAGGAGACAAGAAAUGGAUUACAAUUCGGUGUCCCUUCCACAGUUCCACAGUGUUUUCAUCAACUCUGUCACCAAUCACCGUGACGGAGGAGCCCGACACACUAUUCCAGAAGGUGACCGUGCUGGUGAAAGGCCAUGACAGGGCUGUCUUGGACAGCUAUGAGUAUUUCGCCACCAUGGCUGCCAAAGAGCUCGGGAUCAGCAUUGGCAAAGUUUUUGAGCCACCCAAAGACAUGGAGAGAUUUACGCUGCUGAAGUCGGUCCACAUCUUCAAAAAACACAGAGUUCAGUAUGAGAUGCGGACACACUACAGGUGUAUUGAGCUGUCUCAUUUAACAGGCUCCACAGCUCGGGUGUAUCUGGAAUAUAUUCAGCGGAACCUUCCGGAAAGUGUUGCCAUGCAGGUGACAAAAACUGCUAUGGAGAAAAUUCCAGAGCACAUCCAUGAGCCCAUGUGGAAGGACGAGCCCACGGAGGAAGCGCACAAGCCCGGUCAAUAAAUGCGUACCAUCUGUGAGAGUUGCGAAGAGAAUAUUGUCCAUCCAUCCUUCUAUGACUUUGGGCGAGAGGCAGAGCCAGCGACUCGCAAGGCACGUUUCGACAAAUAACCAUCCGAGUUCACAUCUAAAGGACAUCAAGUCUAAUAUGAGUAUUGUGGGAGAAAGCCAAAUAUGUGGGGAAAAAAAACUACCUUCACAAGCAACGUGCAACCAUCUCCACAAGGAUGUCUGGACACAAGAUUCAAACCCUGAACCUCUGGAAAAUACUGUCAAUAAUUGAAAUUUAAGUUGUCCUUAUUGUAUGUGUCAGAUUUUAUUAUAAAGUAAAUUGUCACUGGAACGUUAUUUUUCAUGUUCAUUAAUCACUGCAUCAGCAAUGUAGAAAACAUUGCAUACAAAGCUUGGCAACAUUAAAAUUAUUUGUAUAAAAUAUUAAAAAAUUGUGACAUUUGUAUCUACAUUUCUGUAAAGCUCAAAUUCCAAUCCAUUGGCUGCAUUACGUAGUAAAGAGUACCAAUUAUUUUAACCUAAGUAGAUUUUGUAAAGCUGCCGUGAGAAUGUAAGGUUGACAAGUCAGAUUGUGUGAAUGAAUAAAAAAAUUCUGUUUUA